CAGGGAUUUAGAGCAGAAUUUGUAAAGGUGUGGGUAAGAAUUAUUUCAUAAGGUGCUUUAUUUAAUUUGAGCUCAGUGGUCAUUUCCAUCGUUCGGACAUUCAGUCUGGCUGUGCUUAGACCAAAGCGGCGAGCCAGCUAGGGAGCUAGCGUGUUGACAAAGCAGGCAGCUAUGUCGCUGACCUCCAAGAGGAGAAGAGCUACUUCACCGUCCAGCAGUAUCAGCGGUGACCUCGAUGAUGCCUCCUCCUCUGGUGCUGGAAGCGGCAGGAAAAGAAGGAAAACUGCCAAUGUUCCUGCUGUAGACACGCAGAUUGCUGUAUGCCAUGAGCUCUUCAACACUAUCAGGGACUACAAGGAUGACCAAGGGAGGCCACUUUGUGAAUAUUUCCUAAGGGUACCAAAGAGAAGAAAUCAACCUGACUAUUAUGACGUAGUGUCUCAGCCUAUUGACAUGACAAAAAUUCAGUACAGACUGAAGUCAGAAGAUUAUAAUGAUGUGGAACAGCUCACUGGAGAUUUCCAGCUCAUGUUCAGCAAUGCCAAAUUAUUCUACAAGAGUGACAGUGAGGAGUAUCGAGCUGCACGCAAGUUGUGGGCUCUAUAUUUGCAAACAAGGAGUGAAUUUGUGCAGCCUGGAGAUGGAGAUGAUGAUGAUGAAGAUGGUGAUGAAAUGCUGGAUAACCCAGGAAUGUCAGCUGAAGAUGAAACAUCCAGUGGCAGUUUAAAGGAGGUUUUGGAGCAGCUUUUGGAGGCCAUAGUGUCACACACAGAUCCCUCAGGGCGUCUGGUCAGCGAACUGUUCCAGAAACUGCCUUCCAAAGUGCAUUACCCAGACUACUAUGCUGUUAUAAAGGAGCCAAUAGAUCUGCGAACUAUCACACAAAGAAUACAGAUUGGAUACUAUAAAAAUGUCAAUGCCAUGGCAAAGGACAUCGAUCUGAUGACCAAAAAUGCCAAAACAUAUAAUGAACCAGGAUCUCAGGUUUUUAAGGAUGCUAACACCAUAAAGAAAGUCUUUAUUCAGCGGAAGACUGAACUAGAACAUGCAGAACCAACUAAGUCAAGUCUUCGCAUUAGAAAUCGCAAGACUGUCCAAGGUGAUCGACUUUCUGGCAUUGGCACAGCACUUCACUAUGGCUCAGAAAGUGAGGAUGACCCUGUGCUCUCUGGCUCUGUAUGUUAUGAUGAAGGAGAGUCAGAGGUUGAAAGUCAGAGUUCCAGUAUGGAUAUGAGUAACCCCAUCUUCCAGCUGUAUGAAGCUGUGCGGGGUGCUAGAAGCCACCAGGGCCAGCUCCUCUCUGAACCUUUCAUGCAGCUGCCUUCUCGCAGGGAGUAUCCUGACUAUUAUCAGCAAAUCAAACAGCCUAUUGCUCUGCAGCACAUAAGGACAAAGAUGAAAAAUGUAGAGUAUGAGAGUGUGGAGCAGAUGGAGGCUGACCUCAGUCUGAUGUUUGAGAAUGCAAAGCGCUACAAUAUGCCUAACUCCAGCAUAUACAAACGGGCCUUUAAGCUUCAACAGAUCUUGCAGCUGAAAAAGAGAGAGUUUCUGAGAAGGGAUGACGAAGAUGGGGACAGCAUCCUGUCCUCUGAUGCAGGGAGUGCCAAAAGGAAAAGCCACAAGAAAAACAUCAAAAAGAACAGAAUGAAAGUCCUUUAUGCUGUAGUGACUGAAGCUCGGGACGUCACCACCGGUCGACGUCUCUGUGAUCUGUUUAUGGUCAAGCCCUCCAAAAAGGACUACCCCGACUACUAUAAUGUUAUACUCGACCCAAUGGACCUAAAAACCAUUGAGCACAACAUCCGCACUGAACGCUAUGCGACAGAGGAAUCCCUGGUGGAAGAUAUGAAGUUGAUGUUUCGAAACGCCCGGCAUUACAAUGAGGAGGGAUCUCAGGUGUACAAUGAUGCAGACAUUCUGGAGAAGAUACUGAAAGAUAAACGCAAGGAGUUAGGCCCUCUGUCUGAAGAAGAUGAUGUGGGAUCCCCUAAGCUGAAACUAAGAAAGACUGGUGUUUCACCAAAGAAGUCCAAAUAUGUCACGCCUCUUCAGCAGAAGUUAAAUGAGCUAUACGAGGCUGUACGGAACUUCACUGACCGUCGAGGUCGACGUCUAAGUACAAUCUUCCUUCGUCUGCCUUCUCGCAGUGAAUUGCCUGACUACUAUGCUACCAUCAAGCGGCCCAUUGACAUGGAGCGCCUGCGAAGUCAUAUGGCAGCUGGCCGUUACCAGGAUGUUGAAGCCCUGGUGGAAGACUUUGUUCUUAUGUUCAACAAUGCCUGUGUAUACAACGAGCCAGAGUCUCUGAUCUAUCGGGAUGCCCUCGUACUGCACAGGGUGCUGCUGGAGACCCGCAAACAGCAGGAGGGAGGUGAGGACUGUGGGCCUCCAGAUGUGGGCGCUUUGGUACGAGAGCUGAUCAGGAACCUGUUUGUAUCGGUGCUUGGCCACCAGGAUGAAGAGGGACGAUGUUACAGUGAUUCAUUGGCUGAGAUUCCUGCUUUGGAUCCAACCUUCCCUGAGAAGCCACCACUUAAUUUUGAUAUCAUCAGGGUAAACAUAGAACAUGCACGCUACAGGAGAUUGGAUGUUUUCCAGGAACACAUGUUUGAAGUGUUGGAGAAGGCCAGGAGGCUUCACAGAACUGAUUCAGAGAUAUUCGAGGAUGCAGUGGAGCUUCAACAGUUUUUCAUUAAGAUCAGGGAUGAGCUGUGCAAGAAUGGAGAGAUUUUGCUGUCGUCUGCACUCAACUACACAUUUAAACACCUGCAUAGCGAUGUAGAGCAGGAAAAGAGGGAGAAAAUCCCUCGGGAGAUGGAAGAGGACAAACAAAAGAAGGAGGAAGAGGAGAACAAAGAUUAUGAAAAAGGAGGUGACCUCCCUGGAGGGGCAUGGCCGUCUGAGUCAGAACGUGUGUACAGUCAGGACUGCAGUUUUGAAAACAGAACCUACCAUGUAGGGGACUAUGUCUAUGUGCAGCCAACAGAAUCAAACCUAAAGCCACACAUUGUUUGCAUUGAACGUCUAUGGCAGGACGAAGGAGGUGAGAAGUGGCUGUAUGGCUGCUGGUUCUACAGGCCCAGUGAAACCUUCCAUGUAGCUACACGGAAGUUUCUGGAAAAAGAGGUCUUCAAGGGUGAUUACUAUAAUAAAGUGCCCAUCAGUAAAGUCCUGGGUAAAUGUGUGGUCAUGUAUGUGAAGGAUUAUUUCAAACUUCAGCCUGAGGGCUACAUACCCGAGGAUGUCUAUGUCUGUGAAUCUCGCUACACUGCCAGAAACAAGUCUUUCAAGAAGAUUAAGAUAUGGGCUAUGCCCCCAAGCUCUUCAAAAUUUGUCCCUCGGGAGGCGCCACUGCCUGUUGUACGUGUUGCCUCCAUGUUUGCCAAGCCUGACCAGGAGAAGCAGCUAGCUGUUUCAUAUGCUGACAGUUUUGUGGACAAGGAGAGAGAGGAUGUCCCGAUGGAAAUGAGUGGAGCUGAGCCUGGUUGUCAGUACUACGAGCAGUUACGCUACAACAACAUGUGGAUAAAAAUAGGAGAUUGUGUUUACAUCCAGUCACAUGGUCUUUCGAAACCUCGGGUUGCCAGGAUAGAGAAGUUAUGGGUGCAGGGUGGAACUACUUUCUUCUUCGGACCCAUCUUCAUUCAUCCUGAGGAAACACAGCACGAGCCAACAAAAAUGUUCUACAAGAGAGAGGUGUUUCUGAGCAAUCUGGAGGACACUUUGCCCAUGACCUGUGUUUUGGGCAAGUGUAUGGUCUCCUCUUUUAAGGACUACCUGUCAUGCAGACCGACUGAGGUUCUUGAAGAGAAUGUGCUAUUGUGUGAGAGCCGGUACAUUGAGACUGAAAAGCAGAUGAAAAAGUUCAAGGGUUUGAAACGCUUCUCAUACUCUUCCAAAGUGAUUGAGGAUGAGAUCUACUACUUCAGGAAAUUGUUUGUACCACAGAAGGAGGCAUCUCCCAUUUUGGAUAAGAAGAUAGAUGAGCUUGAGGCUAAACUGGCAGAUAUCGAGGAUGCGGAUGAUGAUAUGGAUGAUUUGGAUGAUGAUGAUGAUGCACCAGUAACACCUUCUAUGCCACAGUUGCAAACACCACUGACAAGCGAUUUGGACAUCAUGCCAUACACUCCUUCUCAGUCCACUCCCAAGAUAAAAGGCUUAUCAAAGAAGGAAGGAGCCAAGAGGAAGAUGAACAUGAGUGGUUAUAUUCUGUUCAGCAGUGAAAUGCGAGCAGUUAUCAAGGCUCGGCACCCAGAUUACUCCUUUGGGGAGUUAAGUCGACUGGUAGGCACAGAGUGGAGGAACCUAGAGACGACCAAAAAAGCAGAGUAUGAAGAACGUGCAGCCAAAUUAGUGGAACAACAAGAACGUGAAAGGACAACCCAGAGGCAAGCAUCCCCGAGAGCAGGUACCCCAGUGGGGGCACUGAUGGGGGUGGUGCCUUCGCCUAGCACUAUGGGAAUGAUAAACCAGACACCUGUGUCAGGCAUGAUGGGAGCUUACAGCCCACCUUAUAUGCCCUAUCAGGGCCCCCAUGAGGGCUUGUUGAGUGUGGCUCCAAUGCCACCUCACCCCACAGGGGGCCCCCACCUGCCUCCCAUUCAUCUCCAGCAAGGUAUGCCUGCGUACCCUGGCAUGCCUUAUCAGGGUAUGAUGGCCUCUGGGAUGAAUGGAAUGGCAGGAAAUCCUGUGCAAGGAAACCACUUUAUGCAACAGCCUGGGAUGUUCAGCCCAGGACAGCAUGCACCUCCACCGUAUCCAGGACCAGGUCAGCUGGGCCAGCCCUCACACCUGCAGCCCUCCGCUCCCAUGUUUGUUGCUCCACCCCCAAAGAUGCAGAGGGUACUCCACUCAGAAGCCUACCUGAAAUACAUCGAAGGCUUGAAUUCAGAGUCCAGCACUGUCAGCAAGUGGGACCAAACACUCAAAGCCCAUCGGCGAGACACCCACCUGACUAAAGAACAAGAGAGCAGACUACCUGUUCACUGGCUAAAGAGCAGAGGGGCCCACACCACGAUGGCGGAUGCGCUGUGGCGCCUGCGUGACCUGAUGCUGCGAGACUCCCUCAACAUUUGUCAGGCAUACAAUCUUUAAACCUGAAGGAUGCUCAGAACACUUAGAGCUCAGUCACUGUUAUCUUAAAAUUAUGGAAUUUACCAAGGAUUAUAGAAAAUACAAGCAAUAUUUUAUAGCAAAUCAUGAUGAAUUUUAUAUUUAUUAGCUAGCAUAAUAAAGCUUAGUGUAGUUGUACUGUAUGUGUGUUUUCAGGGUUUUUUUAAUGCCACUGAAGAAUCUUGCUGUAAAAUCAUUGUUCUUUUGAUUAUGAAUACUAUCAAAAUAAAACUGAACUUGAUGUUUA